UGCGAGCCGGCCUGGGGUUCUGCGGGUGGCUGCCACAGGCCGUCGGCCUCGGACAGUGCCACAUGCGUGGACCUGCAGCUCCAGACCUGCAGUGACGCCGCCUACAACCAGACGGCCUUCCCCAGCCCCCUGGAGCACCGGUCGCGGGAGGCGCUGGAGGCCAGCUCCGAGUACGUGCUGCUGAGCGUCCUGCACCACCUCCUGGAGGGCCAGUGCAACCCCGACCUGCGGCUGCUGGGCUGCGCCGUGCUGGCCCCGCGCUGGGGCCUGGACGCAGAGGAGGCGCCGCCCUCGGGCCUGCCGCCAACUUUCCUUCACUUCACGCACCACUCCUACGCCCAGAUGGUGCGCGUGCUCAAGCGGACGGCAGCCCGCUGCGCGCACAUCGCCAAGACCUACAGCAUCGGGCGCAGCUUCGACGGCAGGGAGCUGCUGGUCAUCGAGUUCUCGGGCCGCCCUGGCCAGCACGAGCUGAUGGAGCCCGAGGUGAAGCUCAUCGGCAACAUCCACGGCAACGAGGUGGCGGGCCGGGAGAUGCUCAUCUACCUGGCCCAGUACCUGUGCACCGAGUACCUGCUGGGCAGCCCCCGCAUCCAGCGCCUGCUCAACUCCACCCGCAUCCACCUGCUGCCCUCCAUGAACCCGGACGGCUACGAGGUGGCAGCCGCGGAGGGUGCCGGCUACAACGGGUGGACGAGCGGAAGGCAGAACGCCCAGAAUCUGGACCUGAACCGCAACUUCCCCGACCUGACCUCCGAGUUCUACCGCCUGGCCUCGUCCCGCGGUGCACGCACGGACCACCUCGCCAUACCCCAGCACUAUUGGUGGGGUAAGGUGGCCCCCGAGACCAAGGCCAUCAUGAAGUGGAUGAGGACCACCCCCUUCGUGCUGUCCGCCAGCCUCCACGGGGGUGACCUGGUGGUGUCCUACCCCUUCGACUUCUCCCAGCACCCCCACGAGGAGAAGAUGUUCUCCCCCACUCCCGAUGAGAAGAUGUUCAAGUUGCUGGCCAGAGCCUAUGCCGACGUCCACCCCAUGAUGAUGGACAGGUCGGAGAACAGGUGUGGGGGCAACUUCCUGAAGACGGGCAGCAUCAUCAACGGGGCCGACUGGUACAGCUUCACGGGAGGCAUGUCGGACUUCAACUACCUGCACAGCAACUGCUUCGAGAUCACGGUGGAGCUGGGCUGCGUCAAGUUCCCGCCCGAGGAGGCCCUUUACACGCUGUGGCAGCACAACAAGGAGCCGCUCUUGACCUUCGUGGAGAUGGUGCAUCGGGGCAUCAAAGGCAUGGUUGUGGACAAAUUCGGCAAGCCGGUCCGAAACGCCCGUGUCUCCGUCAAGGGGAUCCGCCACGACGUCACCACAGCCCCAGGUGGCGACUACUGGAGACUGCUGCCCCCAGGGUCCCACAUCGUCAUCGCGCAAGCACCCGGCUACUCCAGGGUCAUCAAGAAAGUCACCAUCCCCGCCCGGAUGAAGAGGGCCGGCCGUGUGGACUUCAUUCUCCAGCCUCUGCCGGCCGGAACCCAGAAGUUCCUCCAGGGGCCGCGGAGAAGCAGCCCCAGCCUCCAGGACCCACUAGAAGGAGCCGGCCCCAGCGGGGAGCCCCUGGGGGCGCGGCGGCAGCCGGAGGCCAGCGGGGGCAAGCCCUGGUGGUGGUCCUACUUCACAUCGCUCAGCCAGCACAAGCCGCGCUGGCUCCUCAAGUACUAGGCGCCACCCUCGCCCCCCCCACCCUGUGCUCUGGGCAAGGGGCCCCGCCCGCCUGGGGCCCGGGGCUCCUGGCCCCUGAUUUUGUCUUGCAAAGACAUCCCGUGAAGCCAUCUCCGUUUUAUUAAAGUGUUUUUAUUCACCUUC